AUGUCCAACAUCAACGUUCCUGCUCUCAGCUCUUCGGAUAUCGUGCAGCUGGUCUGCCGAUACGCCCGAACCAACGUUCCGCAGAUGGGCCAGGAAGGACUGCUUGAGCACGUCCUCGGCCAGGAUGACUUCGUUGCAGCUGUCAUUGAUUGGCAGCUCAGCGAUCUGGUAAUGGACAUCUUCUGCGUCAUUGGCGCGGAGAGUUCUCAUCAGCCUUGGGUCAUGAGAAUGGUCCUGACUCCAGACUUCCUCUGGAUCAGUCUUUACGCCGUCCAACCGGACUGCCCGCUGAUGGCGACUCACCACCUCGACCACCAGACCGAGUGGUUGAGCAUCCUGCACGGCCUUCAAUCCCACCUGGGCUGUCGUCGAGGCUCUCUUAGCUUCGCAGUUCAGGAUGUGGCCGCCAAUACUCGCAUUCGGACCGAUCCCGCCCACGCCGAAACAACAACAACGAACGUCAGCAUGAUCGAUGCGCCUCCGAUUCGGCCGUGCCACCGUCGCCGCGAAAGCCUCAAUUACAGUGGGCUUCAAUCCAGGUUAGUAGCCUGGACGUCAAGGACCGCGCGAGGUGGGCUCGCAAAAAGCAGAGCAAGACAAUCUUGUGGGCUGCUGAGCGGCGGAGAUGGGUGA